AUGAGCGGAGUGGUGAAAGAUCUCACAACCUUUGACGAAGAUAUCAGUUUGUGGAACACAUCUAGUGUCACCAGGAUGGACGAGAUGUUCUUCCGAGCGGAAGCUUUCAAUCAGCCUCUUGACUCUUGGGACACCUCAAGCGCGACCAACAUGAGCAACAUGUUCGCCUUGGCCAGGUCCUGCAACCAGCCCCUUGACUCUUGGGACACCUCGAGGGUGGCCAACAUGGAAUCCAUGUUCGACUACUCAUCAUCCUUCAACCAGCCCCUUGGCUCUUGGGACACAUCGGGCGUGAUAAACAUGUCCCGCAUGUUCAGUGUCACGAGCCCGGGUGCAGCUAUACUUUGCAACGAUUUGGCCCACAGUCACAUUCGGUAUACUGGAGGCCGGAAUCCAACAGCAAGGUUGCAGCUGCAAGCUCCCUUAGACAAGCUAUGUGGUCUGUGGAAGAGCAAAGUCCAGGCCUGGCAUACACGUCAAAACAAUUUACCGAUCGAUGACAUUUGCAAGCAGGUGCCCCCGUAUCCUGAUCCUACUGCAGCCCUGACAGGAGCUCAGCGGUCUGUGAGCGUGGGCGUGGGACAGACACCGAGUGAGCCCGCCCUGCUGCCAUGUGAGAAGUGUCAUGAGAAGUUCCAGAGCCUGCCAGAGCUCAAGCGACACCAAAGGCAGGCUCACGAGCAGGGCCCUCGUGAAUUUCAACCUGACCUAUUUGUCCAGGCGCGGGACGCCGUGCCAGGUACAUGGAACUGUGCACAUUGCGGCUGCAUUCUGCAGGAUCGCCGAUCCCUCCGCUCGCACAUUGGCUUCCAAGCAUGCCCGCGGUUUGAUCCGACUAAGGGGGAAGAGCAGGGAGGCAUCCUGUAUCAGGAUGAUGUCAGACAAUUGAAGCUGGCUGAUAGGCUUGAGGAGUUGCUUAAGGACCCGACUAGGUGCAAGUACAUGACCCAGCACUGUGUCGUCUGUGCUGCUCAGAUACCCUAUCCGAACCGCAUCAGGCAGCACAUUAGCAAGUAUCAUCCUCAGCUCUACCCCAAAGCUGACUCUCGAGCUCAGCAUCUGCAUGCAUCCUUCAAAGGCCGCAAUCAAGCGCAAAAAUGCAGCAACUGUCAGGCCUUCCUGCAAAGAGGGUUAGCCGGACACAGUUGUCCCGUCUUGCUUCAGCUCGCAGUUCUCAUGACGGCCCCUGUGGAACCUGAUCCUCCCAGGCCUCUGCUGAGACCAACUCCAGCUCUUCUGGCCCUCUUGGUACUCAAGAGGCACUCAUGGACGAUGAAAGAAGAGCGGAUCCGGAGCCUCAGCCGAAAGUUCGCAAACUUUUGGACUCCUUCGGAUUUGAACAUGACCGCAGAAGGGGAGGACCAACCCCACACCGACCUGAUGGAGGUCAUGGAGGGCAUGCUGCCCAGCCACAAACGGUCGAUCGAGGAGGACGCUCCAGCGACACACUCGAAGCUUGCGCGCGGGAAGGGCAAGGGGCAUGGCAAGCCUUCAAAGAAGGCCAAAGAUCUGGGCCACUCGGAGGAACUACUCCACAUGAUUGCUCGCCUCCUCAUAUCGCACGAGGAUACCCUCCUAGCCAUACUUCAGGAGUCGGAAUUUAUGCUAUUCAUGCAGGCCAACGGAGCGGGGAGCUUGGGUCCCACCAUGUUGGCCCUGUCGCAGAAGUGGCAUGCUCUGACGGCGACCGAAGCUACUCCCAAGACUCCACUACGUGUGGUGAUGGGGGCUGCGGUGUUCAAGGAGUUGGAGCUGCGGGUGUUGAAGGCUAUGGGCGAAGACGAGGAAGGAGCCCACAUUCGCAAGAAGCUGAUGACCCAGAACCUUCUAACAGCAGAUGGGAAAUCGUGGAACUACAUGAAGUGGAACCAAGAACAGGGCAAGCUCUUGCCGACCAAGGAGGCCCCCCUACCAAUGUGCGAAGCUUGUCAGAUGCUCAACCGCGUGUACGCUCUGAUCCAAACCCCGGGCUUGAUACUCCGAUUUUGUGCCCUGAAAGCAUUGAAGCGGGUGGACAUGGACAGCACCUCCUCCAAGUACGCCAUCGUUCCUUGGAAACUUACUGUUUCCAUGCGCAGCCCUCAGGCGGCCGAGCUCUUUCAGGCCUUGAACAGGCUGAGCCACAAUGCGGUCAUGCAAGUGAUCUUAUCGGCGAGUGAGGACCAUAGAAGCAUCAAGAGUGAUGCGGCUCUGCAACUUGCAGUUCUAGGCUGGAGGUGGGAAAAUCCAGGUUGGAACUUGUGUUACGCGCAUGCUAGUGUCAAUGCUAUGUCAUGGUGCUGUUGUUUCACAACCUGGAAUGGGGCUCUUACUGCGGAUGCGAAUGCGUGGCUAUGGCAAGUGGCCCGCAAUACCAGUAACAGCUCUACGCACACUUUGCUUCAAUGUCUUCCAAGCUGUCAGUUUGCCGGGGCCUGGUGGCAUGAGCAUCCCCUUGGCAUGCAGCAGGAUGCUGCUGAGUUCACAACCCUUUAUCUCGCAGCUGUGUGCGGGAUGACCUCGGGAGUAGCAGAGGGGAGACAAGUUCAGCAAAGCCACGCAGUGUGUGAUGUGCACCGCAUGCUACUGCUGCAAGUGCCCUCCCGCCAUGAAAGCUGGUUGCUGCAGGAGAUCUUAGACGAAUGGCACCUGCAGCACGGGCCCUUGCAGGCAUUGACCGCGCCUGUGCAGCACUUGUGCCUUCGCCUUGAUACUUGCAAUGCUAGGGGGGUAAAAAGCACGCAGAGCAUCGUCAUUGGCGAAAAACUCUUGUUACCUUGCUUUGCCUCUGCUACGGAUGCCUCGUCGCAAAAUGCGGCCUUGGAUGCCAGGAGCCUGACGCCGCCAGAUCAGCACGUGCUCUGGCACGAGUACACGGUGAGGGCAGUAGUGCAGCAUCAUGGCCCAAGCUACAGGGCUGGCCACUACACGGCCAUUCUGAUUCAAGACUUUCCCAAGGCUCUGCGCUUGGAUGAUGCUUGUACGCCGCAGUCAAUAUCAGACAUUCGCCAGGUUACUCAUGACCACUACUUGGUAUGGGUGUCGUUGGACUCCACUGAGGCGACCUCAGGAUGUGCCAACCAAACAGCUGAGUCCACUGAAAAUACUGGUAUGGAAGAUGUGAUUACAGUGCGUUCGCCUUCGCCCUCACCUCAGGCGAUGUCUAGCACCAGCGUCACCGAAUGCCUGGGCCCUGCUUCCCCACCCAUCAUGCCAAGUAGGGCCUGGCCGCCUUGCAUCGAGUCGCCUCCGCUUCCAGACACUUCAGUUAAGGCCAAUGAUAAGGUUUUGACGUCGCUCCCUGAGCUUUGCACUCGUGGAGUGCCCCGCACAUUUGCAGAGGCACUGCUUAAGAAGUCAACUGAGAGUGAGACCGGCGUAGAUUCCACUGAGGACUCUCAUCUGCGUGCAAAGUCAAAGUUCAGUGUCACGAAGUUCAACAAGCCACUCGACUCUUGGAACACAUCCAGCGUGACCAACAUGGGCUCCAUGUUCAACUACGCCACGAAUUUCAACCAGCCCCUCGACUCUUGGGACACCUCGAGGGUCACGAACAUGGCGAGCAUGUUUCGUGGUGCUUGGGCUUUCAACCAGCCCCUCGACUCUUGGAACACAUCAAGGGUGACCGACAUGAGUGAUAUCCAGGAUGAGAUGUGGAUGGUAAGGAAAAAGAGCGCAAACGGCAAUGUCUUUGCUGCCGUCAUGCCCCGUACCCUGCAGCUGUGCCCGGUGGUGUCCAACAUCACUGUGGUGCAGGCGAGUCCUGUCCUAGAUGGGACGGUGGUGGACCGGCCACGGCCUGAGUCCUCGAAUGUGGAGGCCUACCCAGGGAAUCGACUUCGUGUUUAUACAUACAACGCUGGAGGUCUUGAUUUCGACCGCUUUAUGUCAUGGGCAGAGCAGGAAGCUAAGUAUGAUCUGAUCGUGGUAACAGAGACACGCAGACAGUUUGACGCAGAAUGGUCAACCUCCACGUUCCACUGCAUUCACAGCUCGGGAAAGAACGCAGGAUUGCUUAUCCUGGUACGCUCUAAGCUGGUUCAUCCGAACCAAAUCAGUUGGGUGGCCUUGACACCAGGCAGAGUAGUACACUUGUGCUUGCACGGCACGCAAACUCUCCACGUGCUUGCAGUAUACCAGCAUGCGUGGCAGACAGACAAAAUACCUGAGUUAUUGCAGCAACGCCGGGCCGUGUGGAAAUUCAUUUCUGACACACUUCAUGGAUGUCCACCUUCCAGCAUGCAACUCUGUCUCGGUGACUUUAACUGUGACCUGCCGCUUCUUCCUGGCCGGGUAAGAUCGGCAGCUCAGCCAGGGGCCAAGGGUCGUGCAGCGCUGCGACAGGACGCCCAGUGUUUCGCCGACCUGCUUGAGCAGGGCGACCUAGUGGCGCUCAAUGCUCAACGUGCCUGGGUGCCUACUUUUGUGGGUAACCUCGGCAGAGGACUGGAGGCCUGUACUCGCAUCGACUUCAUACUGCUUAGCAAAAGAUGGGCUGACAUGACCAGUAAGCAGGCUAGCACAGUUCUUCGAUCACUUCAUGAUGAGCACAGGUGUCGCACACUCACCACUUCUGACUUCACUGCCAGAGACCGACAUCUCUUUCGAAAGAUUGCUCUGCAACCCACUGGACAGGUAAGACUAGACACAAACUGCCAGUGGCGGUUCGUCGGCCUAGACUUCAGGCCAUCAGACCGGACUUGCCCCCUGCGGCUAUUUGGAGACUGCUGGCUGAACCAAUUGCUGCACACGUGCAUCAGGCCAGUCGCGCUUCAGCAUCCAAUAACCAAAGUCAUCACGGGACUGUUGGCAGACCAGGCUGCCAAAGUGGCUCCGGAAUACUUUGCGCCGUACCCAGUAUUUGCCUACCUCAAGGAGCGUAGCACGGGGGAUUGCCUGCUAGCCAUAGGACAGCACCUCAGACAAACCAGUGAGCAGGUGCGCCGCCUGCGUGCUAAUCGACGCCAGACACUUGGCCAGCGCGCUCUUCAUGGAGGGCUGAUAGUUACGCUGGACCUAACUAAGGCCUUCGAUAGCAUACCGAGGCAGCACAUCGAGGCAGCCAUUGAUCGCAUGAAGCUGUCAAGUACCCUGGCCAAUCUGCUCAAGCUCUUUGUUGCUCAUGGCGAGUACGAAGUAACUCACCGAGGGCUGAGCGAGACUUUCAGCUGUGCCAGAGGCAUUAAGCAGGGUUCCAAGGAGGCACCAUUUGAGUGGUGUCUGGCUACUGUGCUCAUCCUUGACUGCAUGAUCACAAAGUAUGGCCAAACAUGGGUGCAAGAGCACCUUGUAAUCUAUGCUGAUGAUUUUCUCAUGCGUUGGAAUUACCGCGCGAUCGAGGAGUUCACUCGGGCGACCAGUCAGGCUGCCGAGGUCAUGCAGACCCUCACUAGUUAUGGGUUGAACAUCAGCCUUGAAAAGUCGGCUGCUCUUAUGACUUACACAGGAGCUGGUCAGUACCGUAUGCGUAAACGACACAUACGCACUGUCAAAGGUACUUCCUAUCUUGUAUGUGUUUGCCCUGACGGCGCGGCGUUCAGGCUUCCCAUUGUGCAAAAAUUCGGAUACCUUGGUAUCACCAUCAGCUAUGUGAGGCCAGAGAAGCACACUUUGCAGAGACGUCUCAUGGCUGCGGAAUAUGCGCACAAACGGAUUAGGUCUGUCUUGCGUAGCUUUCGUACCCACAGUCUGAAGGCUCGCGUUGCGUUGUAUUUUCAAGUGGUUUGGCCAACUCUGCAUUACGGCAUUCUGGAGAUCGGGCUCCCAGAGGGUGGUCUUAGGAAAAUACAUGUCCUGGUGCUCAAACACAUCCGUGCAAUUGCCCAGAGUCCCUCCCACGUCACACAUGAGACCACGGAACAUCUACUUGGUAGGUUGAGCCUUGACACCCCGAGUGCCUUGCUUCAGCAGCUAUGGCUGACCAAGACCAAGGUCUGGAGUCUUCGCAAGGCACAUGCAGCGUCGCACGAUAUAGUACACAUGAUACCCGAAUAUCCUGCCACGCCCGCCUUUCCCUCUGCUAUGAAUGCGCCAGGCUCGGAUACUGCUCCAGAUGGAGGUGAUGCGCCUUCACCCCAGCUCAGUUGCCCACAAUGCAGUGCAUCCUGCCAGACGCUGGCAGACCUCAAACGGCAUCUACGCAGUGUGCAUAAAACUGCAAAGCGCAAACUGGACCCGAGCCUGUUUCUGCCAGCCAGGGACGCUGUUCCGGGAUCCUGGAACUGUGCUCACUGUGGAGCCGAAAUGCUCAACCGGGCAUGUUUACGUGCGCACAUAGGCUUCAGUGCUUGCCCCAGCUUCGACCCAAGCCGCAGCGUACCUCGCGUUGGCUUAGCAUACAGUGAAGGCAUUGCUUCGCUGCGCAACCAGGGGAAGCUUCGUGAUGUUCUCAAGGACAGUGCGAGGUGUCAGCAAAUGACGACCACAUGUGUGCUAUGCAACGCUUCUGUACCGUGCUCCAAUCGCAUGAAGCACCAUCACACCACUCAGCACGUUGCAGAGUUUGACAAGGCCCAGGCUACCGUGCAUCACCUGCACACUGCGUUCAGAGGCCUUAACCGUCCAACCAAGUGUGCUCACUGUGGCGCUCAUCUGCAACAUGGCCUAGCUGUGCAUACCUGCCCUGUGCUCAUCCAACUUGCUGUGAUGCUAGCGCAGCCUUCAGAUGAAGAUGCGGGCAAGCCUGGUGCGGAGCUCGCCUCCGCUGUGCAUGUGUCAGAAAGUCAGGAGUUGCAGUUGCAGCCAUCACCUCCCCUUGACACCCCCCUGCCUGCACCCCUGCAGAUCCUCAUGGCUUCCCAGGGCGACCAGUCGCACAUGAGUCUGGAGGCAGCCAUGACCUUGCUGCUUCCGUCGAGCGGCGUCAAGAGAGAAGCCGAGAACCAAACAUCGCAGCCUGCCAAAUUCCGGGCGGGCAAGGGACAAGGAACGAAGGGCCAGAACAAGGGUGCCAACAGAGCGCCACACCAGCGGAGCGAGACCACCGAGGCCCUUGCUCAGAGGGUGGACCGCCUGGAGAGGUUCAUCACCCACCACGAGGACUCUCUCGGGGUGAUCCUCAGCGAGACAGAGUUCUUUCUCUUUAUGCAGGUCACGGGGCGUGGAAGUCUGGGGGCAACGGCCCUGUCCCUGUCAGAGCUUUGGCAUUCGAAAAUUGGCCAGCAGGACCCCGACCGCACCCCACUUCGCAUAUGCAUGCUGACAAUGUUUUGCAAGGAGCUGCAAAUGCGCCUGCAGAAAAUCGGGGCGGGAGCCACGCAGGACAUGGCUAUGACCAAGGAGCUCACGGCCAAUGAGACUGCUUACGACGGAAGGAGAUGCAUGGUUGUACCUGCGCUGGGAUGCACAGGCUCAGAAGCAGGUGCCAAGCUCAGCACAGCCCUUGCCCCUGGCGGAGGCCUUGCAGAUGGUGGAGAGGGUGCACACUCUGGCCAAAAGUCCGGGGGUUGUGCUUCGCUUCUGUGCGCUCAAAGCGCUGACGAAAGCCAACGAGGCAGAAACGGAGGGCCAGUCUGUGGUCCCGUGGAAGCUCACUUUGUCUCUUCGGCAUCCGGGCGCUCAGGAGCUCAAUGGCCUGCUGAACAAGCUGUCCCAUUGCGCGGUGAUGCAGAUCGUGCUGACCAGACUUCGCCCGGCCACUCAGCAAAGGAGCCCGCUGGCGAAACAAAUCGCCAGGCCAAAGAAGUGAAAGCGUGUGAGCAGGGGAUCAUCGCAACUUUGCACAAUAGCCUUUUUCUUAAUGAUGACAACCACUGCUAUGCCAAUGCUACAAUCGUUAGUCUUGCUUGGGUUGCGAAGGGGCUUCCGGAAUGCAGGGGAGUUACACAAUGGCUCCAGGCAUUGCUUGCUGACAUCACUGCUGCCCGGGAACCAUGCAAUGCGGCCCAUGAACCUGUGUAUGUGCGUGCCAUGCAGUGCUGCAGCAUGCAAAACCACCUGCAAUCCUGGUUCACUGCGCACCAGCCUCAUCACCAACAGGAUGCGGCUGAGUUUGUGUGUCUCACAUUGCUACCGGCGUGUGGCCAUGACUAUGGGGUAGUACAGAGCCGACAACUGCAUGGGCUAGCUGAGUUCAUCAGUGUGAGCUGCAUGUUACACCUCAUUACGCCCCCAACGAGGCACCAAUCCUGGAAUGUGCAAGACCUGAUUCGCACCUGGCACUGCUCUGACUCGGUGUCGCGGGCCCUGACUGAGCUCACGCCACUUCUAUGUAUACGUGUCCCUGCUAGACGUGGCCCUCUGGUCGGUUCUCAGCCGGAAAUCUCUUGCCCGCAUUUUGUUCAGGUCCACUGCUUCAGCCAGUUCCGUCCUAAGAAUCCAGAGCAGUGUGAGUUGACAGAUCUGGAAGUCAACUGGCACUCCUAUCAAGUGGAGGCUUAUGUCUGCCAUCGUGGCGCAGACUACAUGUCAGGUCAUUACACUGCUCUUCUGCGCAACUCUGAGUCGACCAGUGAUGACUCAGACGGGAUGUUUGUGCUGCGUGAUGAUGCUUGUCUGCCCACAACCCUCCCCCUUUCGGAGGUGGACAAGCGAGCCGUGUAUCUGAUAUGGCUCCGACUGCCAAGUGAGGCGUUGCAGGGCCCGCAGUUGCACCCACAGUCAGAAGCUGUCAUCAUCUCGGAUGAAGAGCAGCAGGAUGUGACAGAUACUGACUUUCCAGGCCUCAGACUCACUUUCUUGGAGCCUGCUGCCCAGGAACCAUUUGCAGCCACAGAGUCCCCUACGCAGACUGUGUGCACUUUGACCCGAAACGAGCCUGCCGCCGUGUCACACUUGGAUGCUCAGGUUCACUCAGUGGAGUCGCUGACAGACAUUCCAGCCAGCACAUCCGUGCAAGACCUUGUGGGCAGGACUCUCAUCUGCGUGCAAAGUCAAAAAAAGUUCGAUUAUGCUAGUGUCUUUAACCAGCCCCUUGACUCGUGGGACACCUCCAGGGUGACCAGGAUGGACGGGAUGUUCAGCGAAGCCCUAUCCUUCAACCAGUCCCUCAACUCUUGGGACACGUCAAGCGUGACGAACAUGACCGUCAUGUUCAACGAUGCCACGUCCUUCAACCAGCCCCUCAACUCUUGGGACACCUCGAGGGUCACAGACAUGGCAAUAAUGUUUCGUGGUGCAGAGAAUUUCAACCAGCCCCUCGACUCUUGGGAUACAUCAAGGGUGACCGAGAUGAGCGACGAGGCCACGUCUUUCAACCAGCCCCUUGACUCUUGGGACACGUCAAGGGUGACUGACGUGUUUGGCAUGUUCUCACGCGCCACGUCUUUCAACCAGCCCCUUGGAUCUUGGGACACCUCCAGUGUGACCAGGAUGGACGAGAUGUUCUACCAGGCCACGUCAUUCGACCAGUCCCUCAAAUGUUGGGACACUUCCAGCGUUACAAACAUGCAAGAGAUGUUCUUCGGGGCUACAACUUUUAGCCAAUGUGGUUUUUGCUGGGACACAUCAAGUGUGACCAACAUGGAUGGCAUGUUUGUUGGCAGCGCUUGCCCAAUUGGAACUGCGUUGGACGGGGACUGCGGUGGGUGCCGCAGAGGACUUUGGUGUGAAAAAGUGGAUGCCCUGGAUUACGCUUUGGCUAACAAGAACCAAAAUUGGCCGUGA